AUGGAGGAGUAUCAGUCACAGAUUGGGGAAGCUCAGACGCUCCUCGGCGAAAAGACGGCCGCCCUGGAGCGAGAGAACUUCCGGCUACGCCGAGUGCAGGAGGAGGUGGCAGCCUUGCGCCGGCGUCUGGAGCGGGCCCAGCGCAUGGAGCUGGCCGGUACUGCCGACGAGGUCCUUCAAGAAGAGGUGCGCGAGUACAAGGAGCAACUCACCUGCCCUUCGUGCAAGGUGAAGAAGAAGGACGCCGUGUUGACGAAGUGUUUCCACGUGUUCUGCUUCGAUUGCCUGCGCACUCGCUACGAGACGCGACAACGCAAGUGCCCCAAGUGCAAUGCCGCCUUCGGAGCCAACGACUACCACCGCCUCUAUCUCUCCUAACGGCAUCCAGGUAGUCUCUCGUUCGACGACACCGCUUCUCCUGAUAUACUGUAUGUGAUAGUCGAGUAAAAGGAAAAAAGAACGAGAAGUCGUUGCAUGCACGCGGCGAUGCAUGCCCAUAAAGCGAUGCCACUCCUUCGAUCAUUCACUGUAUCUUGUACGCAUCAACACAGGCUCCUAUGUUUUUUUUUCGCCUCAAAUUCCUAAGUUAUUUCCCCCUGUCACUCCGUUCCAUGUUGUUAUUUGUUCAUUUGUUGUGGAACAAGCCGUGUCCAUGAAGCUGGAAAAAGGGAAAUAAAAAUCUUAUGGUGAG